AUGCAGCAGGCGCUCGAGGAGUUCCCAAUGGCGCCCACUUUUUACUGCUCCACCGGGUACAUCACUGGCAAAGAGGACACCACGGUGCACCCCAGGAAGGGGAUGUGGCUAGUGGCCCUGCUGUUUGCGGUGGUGUUGGUGGUGGUGGUGGUGGGCUUGAGCGUGCCCCUGAGCAGCUGUGUAAGCAGAGUUAACAGCAAGGCUUGCACAGAUGGCUUAGCGGCUGAGAGGGAAUGUCAGAACACCACUCAUCUCCUCAACCACCAGCUGUCACAGACCCUGGAGGGCUUCAGGGAAGCGGAGGCCCGGGCAGUCCACUGCACCCAGACUGUGUCAAAGCUGGAGGCUUCCCUAGAGGCAGAGAAGGAUCAAAAUUGGCAGAAGGAGGCACAUAUUGAGGAGCUUAAUGGAAAAAUCAAGAAGCUGAACCAGAUACUUCAGGAGAAGUCAGCAGAGGUGGAGCAAUUAAGUGCGAGGGACCGCAGCAUGGCCGAGCCGGGGCCAGGGCCAGAGCCCAGCCGCGCGUGGCGGCUGCUCGCGCUGUGCGGGGCCGCUGUGUUCCUGGCCGCGGUGGCAGCCGGUGCAGCCCUGCUGGCCUGGAACCUGGCCGCCUCUGCCAACCGGGGGCAUCGCUGCCCUGAGCCCGGAGCCAAUGGCACCGUGUCACCAGGGAACCCCCCUGAGAACCCACCCGGGGUCCCCACUGGGGACCCCCUCGAGGUCGAGGAACUGCGGCGACAGGUGGCUGAAGCUGUCCAGCGUCAGGAGGCCCUGGCCCGACAGCUGGAACAGGCCAAGGGUGCCCGCCAGUCACUACAGGAGGCGCUGAGGGCCUGUGAGGGCCGCCAGAGCCGGCUUCAGACCCAACUGAAGACAAUGAAGAUGGAGAUGGAUGAAGCCAGAGCACAGGGGACCCAAAUGGGAAAGGAGAAUGGGGUGCUGACAGAAGCCCUGAUGCGCUGGGAGGAGGCUGCAGCUGAGGCCACCCGGCGCCAGGAGGAGGCGCAGCACCGCGCACGCGCGGCCGAAGCAGAAGGUGGAGCCUGCGCGGCCCGGGAGGCGGCGCUGCGAGAGCGCGUCAACGCGCUGGAGACGGAGAUGGGCCCCCAACGCAGAGAAUCACACCCCCACCCUCGCUCAGGGUCCCGGCCGCGGUCCAAUCCCCGCUCUCGAGGCCGCCCCAGACCCUCAGGAGGCUGCCGGCGACAGGGGCGACGCGAACGGGGAUGA